UCUCUCUCUCUCUCUCUCAAGUGGUGGUAGUGGUAGUACUGGUAGUGGUAGACUGGGUUGUAGACGAGGGAUACAGAUUCCAGAAAAAGGGCAGGGAAGGUGCCAUGGAUCCUAACGACGCUACGCAGAUACUAUUCACUAAAAUCAGAAGUAUUGACCUUGAAAAUGCUACAAAAAUCAUGGGUUACAUCCUCAUACAAGACCCACCUGAGAGGGAGUUGAUACGUUUAGCCUUUGCUCCUGACUCCCUCUUGCACACCCUUGUUUCCAAGGCCAAAACUGACUUGGGACUCUCUUCCAGUGCCUUGGCUUCACCCUCUGCCCCUUCCCCUCACUCGCCGUUAAAUCCCAUUUCCAGACCCACCAAUAGCGCCCUGCAAAACCCAUUUUCACAGUCUUCUUCUAGAGUUCCUAGGAAUGGCUUAGUGGAUUAUGGAAAGCUUCCACCUAGGUCGCCAAGCACCGGUCCAAAGUCAAGUCCUUUUCUUUUUUACGAUAAUAUACGGUCUGGUUCGGGUUUGGCUCCUCCACUUUCGCAACUCAAGAAUGGAAAUGACAGUGGUGAGGGUGGUGAUUUUCUCGAUGAUCAACAAUUGAACGAAUAUUUCUCUUUCCUUGACGAGAAUUCGUCUAAAACUGAGGAUUUUGUUGACCCAAGAUCUCAAUUUGGAUAUUCAGUUAACAAUGGAAAUACCCAUUUGCAUAGAAGGAGUUCCUCAGCUAGUGAAGUGUGUCUUGGGUCCGAGGAUGUUGGUUUUGGAGGUGGGUACAAGCCUUGCCUUUACUUCGCGAGAGGGCACUGCAAGAACGGUGAUAACUGCAAGUUUGCCCAUGGUGGUUUUGCUGAUAAUGUCGACCUUGGUGGCCUUAUUGUUGGUUCACCCAGCAAAAUAGACGUUCUUUAUCAUCAGCAUGAGGAGAUGGAGAUGAUGAGAAUGAGAGCUCUCUAUAAGCAACGCUUGGCUGCUUCACAAUUCAGUGGCGGUGCUUCCUCACUAGGCAUGAAUCUUUUUCUUCAGCAGCAAAAUGAACAGCAGAGAGCUGCUGCAUUCAUGUUGGAUGAAGAAAUCUACAAGUUUGGUCAUGGUCAACUUGAAAGGAAUGAGCUCUUGGCAUUGGGAUUGGCAGAAAAGGCCAACUCAGCUUCGAGACAAAUUUAUUUGACAUUCCCGGCUGAUAGCACCUUUAAGGAUGAAGAUGUUUCAAACUACUUUAGCACAUAUGGACCAGUUCAAGAUGUGAGGAUCCCAUACCAGCAGAAGAGAAUGUUUGGUUUCGUUACUUUUGUUCAUGCAGAGACUGUAAAGAUAAUUUUGGCUAGAGGAAAUCCUCAUUUUAUAUGCGAUUCACGUGUGCUUGUGAAGCCCUACAAGGAAAAAGGAAAAAUCUCUGAAAAGAGGCAAAAUCUACAGCAGCAGUUAGAGAUGGGUAGCUAUUCUCCAUCUUCUAGCCCAUCUGGGCUUGAUGCUAGAGAGAUGUAUGAGCUUCAUCUUGGGGCAAAGAUGAUGAACAGUCCACAGGAGAUGAUGCUAAGAAAAUACAAAGAACAGGUUGAUCUUCAGCAAGCUAUUGAACUUCAAAGGAGAAGGUUCAUAAAUUUGCAACUUCCGGACUUCAAGAGGGAUUAUGCUCACCAUCAUCAUAGCAGUCUCUCUGAUGGGUCUUCCCUUUCCUUGCCUGCCCACCUUGUAAACCAAAAUGCAUUUCUUCCACUUGACAGCAUUGGUCAAGAAAUCACAGAAGGAAGUAGUGAUAAGACAGCUGCUGGUGUUAUCUCAACCAUUACUGCUCAGCAGGAGCUUCAGCAGGAAGCAAAUUCAAUUUUCAUUCAAAACAGUGGUGAUGAUGAUAAGAGUGGGAGCUACAGCUCCAAAGGGUGUGAUGCUCUGGAACGAAAUCCCGAAGGCAGUGUAGACCAAGCCCUCCCUGACGGGCUUUUAGCUUCUUCUCUAAAAUCUGAUGUAGAGAGGAGGUCUGACUUCUCUCCUUUGGUGGAAAUCAAUGAAAAUAUCAAAGAAACAGCUUCUUCAUCCUCUUCAGAAAGUAACCCAGUGUUGCCUGCUACUUCUACCAGUGACAUGGCAUCAGUUUAAAUUUUUAAUCAAUAUCUUCUUAAUGCCAGGUUUUGUUACGGGCAUGAGGCUAGUGAACUGUAGGAAAUAAAGAAAAUUAGGGAAGCAUAUACAAGGAAGAACCCUGUAGAUGUGUAUAGCCAAAUUAUACAGCGAAGAAUAGAUCCGUAGUGAAUAGAUCCGUAGUGGAUAGUCCCAACUUCAUCUUGAUGAAUACAAUACUACUGACAGCAAAUGCAUAUUGGAUACAUGAAGGACAGAUGAACUGAUAUAAACUGUAGGGUUUUUCUCUUUUUUCGGCCUUUUUUUUUUUUUUUUUGUGCUCCUUUUGUAAGUGCAUACUGCAUACUGCAACGGACAAAGUUAUAAGAAACUAUGAAUAUUUUA